AUGGAACAACGCGACGCACACGCGCAAAGCGACGAGAGCAUUCACACUGCUGCGCUCGAGGCGUACAAGGGGGAGAAGGAAAAGGCGCAACAUGGUAACACGUUGUUCGUAACGCGCCUGCCUUACAGUGCGACGAAUACCGAUCUGAGCACUUUUUUCAGCGAUAUUGGUCCCCUCCGCCGCGCAUUUAUCGUGACUGACCGCGAGUCGCGCCAGUCGAAGGGCGUGGGCUACGUUACUUAUGCAGACACGGCAGAUGCAGAGCGUGCUUUUGAAAAGCUUCAAGGGGCAAGCAUCGACGGGGGGCGUCGCCAUAUUCAGCUACAGUGGGCCGACCGCAAGGCGCCGAACCAAGAGGGCCGCCCUGAAAAGCGCAGCACUGACGGCGCACCGAAGAAGGCCGAGUCUUCUCGCUCGAAUCUUCCUCAACGCGAUCCGGAUGCUGUGCGCACCAUUGUGGUGUCGGGCCUCUCUGGCUGCUCGCCACCAGCGGAUACCGAAACGCUCUAUAAGCGCGCGCGGAAAAUUGGCGAUGUGGAGCACGUUGAAUUUUUGGUCGAGAACGGCACGUCGUCCACGGAUGUUGCUCACAUCCGCUUCCGUACGCCGAACCAUGCAAUGGAGGCGGUGUCGAAACUGCACGCGCACCAGUUCAAAGGUACCCAACUCAGCGUGGGCCUCAAGAAGCGUUUGGAUGGCGCGAUGCGUCUCGAGCAGCACAUGCGCCCUGAUACCCUCGAAAAGCACAAGUCAAUGAUGAAAAAGAUUGAGAAGAUGAACGGGGAUGCCUGGUCGCUGAACAAGGGCGGUCAUGGAUUGAGCCGCGAGAGCCGUGUGAUUGUGCGCAACCUUCCGUUCGAUGUGACCUUGGAAGACUUGCGUGCGAUCUUCUUGCCUUACGGAGCCAUCUACGAUGUCACGGUGCCUACCAAGAGUGCCGAGGGAGAGGAGUCGAAGAAGCCGACCAAGGGCCGUGGCUUUGCAUUCGUCUGGUUCGUAUCUCGUAACGACGCGGCGCGCGCAAUGGAGGCGGUGAAUGGCGUGCCGCUCCGUCACGGCGCUGCUGAGCAGGCGGCACUCAAGAAGGCCCAAGGAAAGAAGGGGCGCACGACUGCCAAGGAAGCGCUAGAGAAAGUGCACGCUACUGCGCAGCCUGCACGCCCCGUGGCCGUCGACUGGUCGCUUUCUCAAAAGGAUUGGCUUGCGCGUGGCGAGGAAGCGCCCGAGGCCGAGGAAGAGGCCGAGGAAGAGGCCGAUGCGCCGACGUCUACGAAGCGUACUCGUGAAGAUGAAGAUGAAGAUGAAGACGAGGACGAGGACGAGGAUGACGAGGAUGACGAGGAAAAUGACGACGAGGACGAGGACGAGGACGAGGACGAGGAUGGGGAUGAGGAUGAGGAUGAGGAUGAGGACAAUGUCGAAGACGAGGACGAAGAUGCUCCCGAAAAGGCUCGGCCGACCAUGGCCACUACUGAAACGGGCACCAUCCUUUUCAUUCGCAACCUUCCUUACCAGGCGACUGAGCAGGAGCUCAAGGACCUCUUCCGCUCGUUCGGCCCCAUGCGUUACGCCAAGAUCACGAUGGAUCCUGCGACGAAACGCAGCCGCGGUACUGGCUUUGUGUGCUUCUGGAAGCGCGAAUCUGCCGAUGCAGCGCUGCGUGAUGCUGAACUCGUUCAGCGUGAAACGGCGGCUUCCUCGCUUACGGACUCCAAGCUUCCGAAAGUCAACCCCUUCUCUGUCCCCUCGGUAAUCACGGCUGACCCCUCUGCUCCUCUCGUUGCGCGUUUCACGCUGCAUGGCCGCGUCCUGCACGUUGUGCGUGCAGUGACACGUGAGAAUGCAUCGCACCUCGAAACCGCUGCCCGCAAGUCGCGCGAAAAGAAGGACACCCGCAACACAUGGCUCCUCCGCGAAGGUGUGCCCCUUCCCAACACGCCCCUGUCCAAGACGCUGUCGGAGAAAGAAGCGGACAAGCGCAUGCAGAGUUUCUCGAUCCGCCGUGCUCAGCUCGGUGCAAACCCCUCGCUGCACGUGUCCAAGACGCGUCUGGCGGUACACCAGCUCCCGCUCUUUGUCUCGGACAAGAUGCUGAAGCGUAUGGCCCUGUACGCGCUGCGUGCAUUUACGGAUGAAGUUAAAUCAGGCAACCGCGACGACUUGGAUGCGGAUGAAAAGGCCGACACGACGGUCAGUGCAAAUGUGAAGCAGAGCGAGUCCGAUGGCGACAAGAAACGUCCGCCUCCUUCGCUUGUCAUUCAGAGCAAGAUUGUGCGCCAGAACGAGCGUGUCGACCCGCUCACUGGCAAGGGGCGUUCGCGUGGCUAUGGCUUUUUGGAGAUGCGCACCUUCCCGCACGCACUCAAAGUGCUGCGCUGGGCCAAUGGCAAUAAGGCCCUCGGCGACCUCUUUGCCAAGUGGUGGCAGGAAGAACUCGAGACCCAUAUCGCCAAGCUCAAGGGCACGAAGGAUAUUUCUACUGAAGAUCGGACGCGCAUCAAGCGUCUCGAGAGUACGCUACAGGAUCUGAAGGACGAAGGUCAGAAGGCCAUCAAGUCAGAGUUCCGUGGCAUGCUCCGUAUCGAGUUCUCUAUUGAGAACAUCACGACCGUGCGUAAGCGUGUCUUGCGUCAGAGCCAGUCACGCGAGAAGCUUGCCAAGCGAGCGAAGCAUAUGGGCGACAAGCGCCAUUUGCUGAUGGGCCAGCCUGGCUCUGGCACGGAGACGCCGGAGGAUCAUAAGCUGGAGAACACGGCCGGCUACACGGACACUGUGUACCCCGACAAGCAAAGCCAGGCAAUCAAGGUGCAAGAGAUUCUCGAGGCUAACGGUUUCAUUCCGCAAGAGCUCGUGCCGUCGGAAGUCGCUUGGUUCUACGAGAAUCUCGGCAUCGACGACACCUACUUUGCUAUGGAGAAUGCGGAGACGAUCGCCGAUCAUAUCCUGUCCUUGUACGGUGCCAAGAUUGCCGAGUUCACCAAGCACACUGGCUAUCUCAACGUCGAUCUGCAGAAGAAGUCGGAGAACAGCGCGGUCUUCAUCCACUCAAGUCCUGCGGGUGUGAGCCGUCGCGCGGGUCCCCAGUGGGAACGCAUCAUCGACGAGCAGUACCUCAACCAGUCCACGGUGGACCGUGCCUUCCGUCUGGAGACCUACCGUUCGAAGGGCACUGCAUCGAGCCACUUCCCGGAGCAGCUGCGUUGCUACUUCCUGCACCGCUGCGAUUUUGUGCAGCCCCGCCCUGAGCGCAACUCACCCGAGUACCGCAACAUCCGCGCGGUCUCGGACAAGACCUUCUUGAGCAAGGUCAGCGAGCACACACUCGAGAUCUACCAGGCCGUGAUGGACGAGGCGCUGCGCCGCCAAGGUCCCGUGAUGGAGAUGUACGAGGUGGUCGGUACGCAGGAGCGCCGGAUCGUGAUUGCCUACCGCAUGGGUACCACGUCCAACUUUUUUAGCGCGCUCUCGGACCUCUACCACUUCUACGGCCUGUACUCGUCGCGCAAGUAUGUCGAGCAGUUCAGCAACGACAUCAGCAUCAUCUCGAUCUACCUCAAGCCUGUGCCUAACUCUCAGGCGCCCCCAAUCGAGCUCAGUAUUUUCCAGGUGCUCAAGGAGGUGUCGCUCAUCUACGUGCUGCCCGACAACCCCUUCUUCAUGACGGGUGCCGAGGCCACGCACGCCGUGCAGGAGGCCACCUACGCCUAUGUCGGCUGGCUCUUUGCGCAGCACUUCUGUAACCGUCUGGGCCCGGCAUACGAGGCGCUGCGCAAGAUUCUGGACGAGUCGGACUCGCACCAGGCUGCUGUUCUGAACGACAUCAAGCUGCGUCUGCGUGAGGAGACUUUCACGCGUCAAUCGAUCUACGAGGUGAUCCAGAACUUCCCCAACAUUGUGCGCCUGCUCUAUGUGCACUUUGCCAACAUCCACUACCCUGGCCAGCAAGACCAGGACCUGGCGCCGACGCUCAGCCACCAGCGUCUCACGCGCGAGACAUUGCUCUCGGAUGACCAGAUGCGUGACUUUAUCAUCAAGACGGCCAACAACUCUCACGAGCGCCAGGUGUUCCUUGCGCUCCUCUCGUUCAACAAGUCCGUGCGCAAGACCAACUUUUACACUUCGACCAAGGUUGCCCUGAGCUUCCGCUUGGACUCCUCGUUCCUCCCCGAGUCGGAAUACCCGAUCAAGCCCUAUGGCAUCAUCUUUGUCGUCGGCUCCGAGUUCCGUGGUUUCCAUGUGCGUUUCGCCGACGUGGCCCGCGGCGGUAUCCGCAUUAUCCGCAGCCGGAACCGCGAGAACUACUCGAUCAACCAGCGUACUCUCUUUGACGAGAACUACGGUCUGGCACACACGCAGCACCUCAAGAACAAGGACAUUCCUGAGGGCGGUGCCAAGGGUACGAUCCUGCCCAACAUGGAUGCGAACCCUCAGCUGGUGUUUGAGAAGUACGUCGAUGCGAUCCUCGACCUCUUGAUCAAGGGCAACACGCCUGGUGUCAAGGAGGAGAUCGUGGACCUGAUCGGAAAGCAAGAGAUCCUCUUCUUUGGCCCCGACGAAGGCACGGCGCACUACAUGGACUGGGGUGCGGAGCACGCGCGUGCGCGUGGCGCGAGCUGGUGGAAGUCGUUCACCACCGGCAAGUCGGCCGCGACCCUCGGUGGUAUCCCUCACGACAAGUUUGGUAUGACCACGCGCUCCAUCCGUCAGUACGUGCUGGGCAUCUACCGCAAGCACAACCUCAAGGAGGAGGAGAUUACCAAGGUCCAGACCGGUGGUCCUGACGGUGACCUCGGCUCGAACGAGAUCCUCCUUUCCAAUGAUAAGACGAUUGCGGUGAUUGACGGUUCUGGUGUGCUGUACGACCCCAAGGGUCUGCACCGCGAGGAGCUGCGCCGCCUUGCGCGCGAGCGCAAGAUGAUCUCGCACUUUAACGCCGAGUACCUCUCGAAAGGUGGUUACCGCGUGCUGGUGGAGGACCGCAACCUCACGCUGCCCUCGGGUGAGCUGGUGGCGGACGGUGUGGCGUUCCGCAACAAGGCGCACCUGAUCUACGAGGCGGACCUCUUUGUGCCCUGCGGUGGCCGUCCCGACUCGAUCCAGAUCGGUAAUGUGAAGGAGAUGUGCACGCAGGACGGCAAGUGCAACUACAAGUAUAUUGUGGAAGGCGCGAACCUCUUCCUUUCUCGCCAGGCGCGUCUGGAGCUCGAGAAGCGUGGCGUGAUUCUGUAUCCCGACGCGUCUGCCAACAAGGGCGGUGUGACGUCGAGCAGUCUCGAGGUCCUGGUCGGUCUGGGUCUUACGGACCGCGAGUACAUCGACAACAUGCUCUUCCACAACGAUGAGCCGACCAAGUUCUACAUGGACUACGUGCACGACAUUGAGAAGAUCAUUGCGCGCAAUGCCCAGGCCGAGUUCGAGGCCAUCUGGCGCGAGCACGGGGAGACGGGCAAGUUCCGCUCGGUCAUCUCCACUGAGCUGUCCACGACCCUGAACACGAUCUCGGAGGAGAUUGCGUCGACUGGUCUGUACAAGCAGGAGAACCUGCGCAAGGUUGUUCUGCUGCACGUCUUCCCCGAGUCGCUCGUCACCAAGGUCGGCUUGGCGGAACUGAUCAACCACGUCCCCGAGUCGUACCUGCGCAGUGCGUUUGCCGCGCAGGUCGCCGCCAGCUUCAUCUACGCCAAGGGACCGCGCGCGAGCCACGUCGACUUUUACAACCACAUCGAGACCCUCCUCCACUCGUCGUAG